CCCCAAAAAUUAUGUGAUCCAAUCGUGACUCAAGGCAGACGAGAAACUCUGAAGCUGCACACACAAAAGAUGGGACCACAAAUCAAUAAGCACUCUCAGUCACCAUUAUUUCCAGGCAAAAUCAAAGUCAGCAAAUAUUAAUGACAUUGAUAUAGAUAUCUAGAAACUUAGAUACCCACCUGGGAAGUUAUUCAAAGACCUGGCCGCAUAAUAUCUGGGGCCGUAAAUUCUAACCUUGGGCGAUAAUCCGCCAAGUAACUCCCAUCCAGCAUCUCGGUACCGCAUUACAAUACCAACUACCGGUUAUGGGUGUAUUCAAGCUUUCAUCGAAGCAGAAGCUUCUCGCCAUUAUUGGCAUAUCGUUCUCAUUUUUCAUUGCCGAAUUAGUUGUGGCAUUUUAUACCAAAUCUCUAGCUCUAUUAGCAGAUGCCUUUCAUUAUAUGAAUGACCUAAUCGGUUUCAUUGUUGCCCUUGUCGCCAUUAUUAUCUCAGAACGUGCCGUCUCUCCCCAUAACUUCUCCUUUGGUUGGGCACGUGCUCAACUACUCGGCGCCUUCUUCAAUGGCGUCUUCCUUCUUGCUCUCGGUAUAUCCAUUUUCCUCCAAUCAAUUGAGAGGUUCAUAACAAUUGAACGCGCCGAUGAUAAAUCUGCCGUAGGCGUUGAUAAUCCUAUACUCGUACUCAUUAUAGGGGGUGUCGGGUUUGCAUUGAAUGUUAUCAGCGCAACCUUAUUGCAUGAACAUCACGGCCACGACCAUGGAGGACACAGCCAUAGCCACGACCAUGCGCAAGACGAAAGCCAUGCCGAGGAUCACGGACAUGAUCAUACCCAUAACCACGUUAAUGUCGAGGCGGGUGGACAGACUAGUGACACCUCAGGUGAAGAUCAAGACGAGAUCCCCCUAACUCCUAUUAGCGCCCAUGCCGAGCAUCGACAUACCAUCGUAAAUCUGCAAUCUUCUGGGCACGACCUCGGUAUGAUGGGUGUUCUACUACACGUCAUCGGCGACGCAUGUAACAAUAUUGGGGUAAUCAUCGCAGCCUUGAUUAUCUGGCUUGCACGUUCUGACGCCAGAUUCUACGCCGAUCCUGGUAUCAGCAUGGGCAUUGCCCUCAUGAUCCUGAUGACGUCGGUACCACUCGUCAAGAACAGCGGCAAAAUCCUAAUGCAGAGCGCUCCAACAGGCGUGAACAUAGACGAUGUUAGACACGAUCUCGAGAAGAUCCCCGGCAUCCAAUCCGUUCAUGAACUACAUGUAUGGCGACUUGACCAGAAAAAAUCGAUCGCAACAGCCCACGUUGUAGUAUCUAAUAACGAGAUGACUGAUUUCAUGGACCGCGCACGAACCAUUGGAGAGUGUCUCCAUGAAUAUGGCAUCCACUCGGCAACCCUACAGCCUGAGCUUGCGACCCCUACAUCAACGUCAACCACAGGUAACGGUAGCAGUAGCAGUCGCAACAGCACCGACAACAUCCGGGUUGAACCAAACCCUGCAGCCGUUACUCCUGAGACUGCAUCGGCCUCGGGUGCGUCGAUUAGAAGACGACGUCCCGAGAUAACAGCAGUCGCGGCUCCGUGCCAGAUCGCGUGCGGAAACUUAUGCGAGAGCUUAACGUGUUGCAACACAACCACAAUGCGUAUCUAAAAAUCGAUUAUAACAGAAGUUGAGAUUUUUUUUCGGAGUUAUACACUGCAAGAUAUAGUGCUUGCAUCCAGGGGUAAGAUGGCUGUACACUAGACAGAUAACUGGCACAACGCGCCAUAUGCGCCAUAUACAGAACAAAUAAAUGCUUUCGCUAUCUCCCCAGCUUAUGUCCAUUAUCUAUUGGUGAUAUCUUCCAAAGAUUAUUUCGAAAUCGCAUCAAAGCCAGGGAAACGACGAACACAAUAAUCUCGUCCAUCUGUCUAAAGUAACCCAGCGCCACCAGCACAUUGCCACCCUAUAGUUCACAAAUCCCACCCCACGGGCCGUCCUCUGCAAUCUAUCAUCCCGUGUCUGAGAACCUUUAUGGCCUCAUACCACAAUCUAAA